UCCUAGCAGACAUGAAGAAGUUGUGUGCUUUCCCUAUUACCUUUUUGAUCCUGAAAUUUUCUCUAAUCUAUUUCCAUUUGACUGAACCCAGUUGCUUUUGGAGGAUAAAGAAUAGUGAAGAGACUGAUGGAGAUUUGCGAAGUGACUGUGGUUUUGUCCUUUUGGCAUUUGAGGAACCUAUUGAAGAAAAUUAUUAUAAUGAACUUAUUAAUUUUAGAAUACCAGCAACAAAAUAUGAGUUUUUUCUGGUAAUGUUUUUUGCUACUGAUGAGAUCAACAAGAAUCCUGAUCUUUUACCCAACAUGUCUUUGAUAUUCAACCUUGUUGGUAGAAUGUGUGAAGAUACAUUGGGACUUCUGGAUGAAAUAUAUUCACAAGAAAACAAAACUUCGUAUAUUAUUAAUUAUGUCUGUGGAAUAGAACUAUCUUGUGACAUAGAUCUUAUAGGGCCAUCACGGACAACAUCCUUAAAACUGGCAAUUCAUUCCAUGAUGCCAAAGGUUUUCUUUGGACCAUUUAACUCUAACCUAAUAGACCAUGACCAGUUUCCCUAUAUCUAUCAGAUAGCAAUCAAAGACACAUGUUUGCCCCAUGGCAUGGUAUCCUUGAUGCUUCAAUUUGGAUGGACUUGGGUAGGACUGAUCAUCUCAGAUAAUGACCAGGGUAUUCAGUUUUUCUCAGACUUGAGAGAAGAAAUGCAAAGGCAUGGGAUCUGUUUGGCUUUUGUGAAUGUGAUCCCAGAAACCAUGCAGAGAUACAGCACAAGGGCUAAGAUAUAUGAUAAACAACUUAUGACAUCAUCAGCAAAGGUUGUUAUCAUUUAUGGUGAAAUGAACUCUACUCUAGAAGUCAGCUUUCGAAGAUGGGCAUAUUUAGGUGUACAAAGAAUCUGGGUCACGAACUCACAAUGGGAUGUCAUCAUAAAUAAAAGAGAUUUCAGCCUUGAUUUCUUCCACGGGACUGUCACUUUUGCACACCACCACAGUGGGAUGACUAUAUUUAGGAAUGUUAUGCAAACAAUGAACACUUCCAAGUACCCAAUAGACCUUUCUCAGUCUAUGCUAGGGUGGAAUUAUUUUAAUUGUUCAAUCUCUGAGAAUAGACAUAGCAAAACGGAUCAUUUUACAUUCAACAAUACAUUAGAAUGGUUAGCACUGCAUAAAUUUGACAUGGUCCUGAGUGAAGAAGGUUAUAAUUUGUAUAAUGCUGUGUAUGCUGUGGCCCACACCUACCAUGAACUCAUUUCUCAAAAUGUAGAGUCUCAGAAAGUGGCAGAACCCAAAGGAUUAUUCACUGACUGUCAGCAGGUGGCUUCCUUGCUGAAAGCCACGGUAUUUACUAACCCUGUUGGAGAACUGGUGAACAUGAACCAUAGGGAAAAUCAGUGUGCAGAGUAUGACAUUUUCAUCAUUUGGAAUUUUCCUGAGGGCCUUGGAUUAAAAGUGAAAAUAGCAAGCUAUUUUCCUUGUUUCCCACAUAAUCAACAACUUCAUACAUCUGAAGACUUGGAAUGGGCCACAGAAGGAACAUUGGUUCCAUCCUCCAUGUGUAGUGCAACAUGUACUGCUGGAUUCAGGAAAAUUCAUCAGAAACAAACAGCAGACUGCUGCUUUGAUUGUGUUCAGUGCCCAGAAAAUGAGGUUUCCAAUGAGACAGAUAUGGAACAGUGUGCGAGGUGUCCAGAUGAUAAAUAUGCCAACUCAGAGCAGACCUACUGCCUACAAAGAACUGUGUCAUUUCUGGCUUAUGAAGAUCCACUGGGGAUGGCUCUAGGCUGCAUGGCGCUGUUCUUCUCAGCCAUCACAAUUCUAGUACUAGUCACUUUUGUGAAGUACAAGGAUACUCCCAUUGUGAAAGCCAAUAACUGUAUUCUCAGCUACAUCCUGCUCAUCUCUCUCAUCUUCUGUUUUCUCUGUUCAUUGCUCUUCAUUGGACAUCCCAACAAGGCCACCUGCAUCCUGCAGCAGACAACAUUUGGAGUGUUUUUCACUGUGGCUGUUUCUGCAGUGUUGGCCAAAACAGUAACUGUGGUCAUGGCUUUUAAGCUCACUACUCCAGGCAGAAGGAUGAGAGGGAUGCUGGCCUCAGGGGCAACUAACUUGGUCAUUCCCAUUUGUACCCUAAUCCAACUUGUUCUCUAUGGAAUCUGGUUGGCAAUAUCUCCUCCCUUUAUUGACAGAGAUAUACAAUCUGAACAUGGGAAGACCAUCAUUAUUUGCAACAAAGGCUCAGUCAUUGCCUUCCACUUUGUCCUGGGAUAUUUGGGCUCCUUGGCUCUGGGGAGCAUCACUGUGGCUUUCUUGGCUAGGAACCUUCCUGACAGAUUCAAUGAAGCCAAGUUCCUAACUUUCAGCAUGUUGGUGUUCUACAGUGUAUGGAUCACCUUCCUCCCUGUCUACCACAGCACCAGAGGGAAGGUUAUGGUAGUUGUGGAGGUCUUUUCCAUUUUGGCUUCUAGUGCAGGGUUGCUCGGGUGUAUCUUUGUCCCAAAGUGUUAUGUUAUUUUAGUUAGACCAGAUUUAAAUUUUCUUCAGAAGUAAAAAGUUUCCUACUUUUAAAAUAUUAGAUAAUAUUCAAAAUAUCUGUUUUGCUUUGUCUUAACAAAAGUACUCUCAGUCAUGGAAAAUUUUAAGUAAUAUAUAAAGAUAGUACGUAUAUCACAAGGUAGCAGUCCCUAAAGUAACACCAGUUAAUAGGUUUUGGUGGAAAAAAAUUUCAUUCAUGAGCUCACAAACCUAUUUAGAUAUGACAUACAAUUGAGGAAUGGUUUCCAUCAAUUUGGCUUGUAUGAAUAUAUGUAAGAAAUGGAUAGUUUAGGUAUUUACAUUUCAAAUGUUGUCCCCUUUCUCAUUUGGUUUCCCCUCUGGAAACGCCCUAUCAUAUCCCUCCUACCACUGAUUAUAUAAGGGUGCUCCACUCACACAUCUACUCCUGCCUGUCUACCCUGGCACUCCUCUAUACUAAGGCAUCAAGCCUUCACAGGAGCCUCUCUUCCCACUGAUGCUGACAAGGUCAUCCUCUGCUACAUAUGCAUCUGGAGCCAUAGGUCCCUCCAUGUGUCCUCUUUAGUUGGUGGUUUAGUCCCUGCCAGCUGUUAGGUGUCUGUUUGGUUGAUAUUGUUGUUCUUCUUAUGGGGUUCCAAACCCCUUCAGCUUCUGCACUCUUUUCUCUAAUUUCUCCAUUGGGGACACCAUGCUCAGUCCAAUCGUUUGCUGCAAGUAUUUGCCUCUGUAUUUUUCAGGCUCUGCCAGCGCAUCUCAGGAGCCAGCUAUUUCCUGAUCUUUCCAGGAAGUACUUCUGGGAAUCAGCAAUACUAUCUGAUACAUUUACACACAGAGUACUACUAAGCUAUUAAAAACAAUGACUUAAAAAACCCAAAGACUUCAUGAAAUUGGAUGGAACUAGAAAAUAUCAUCUUGAAUGAGGACGCACAGUCACAAAAGAAGACACAUAAUAUGUGCUCACUGAUAAGCAUACAUUAGAGAAAGGGCUUGGAAUACUCAAAAUAUAACACAUGGACCAUAUGAAGUUGCAGAAGAAGGAAGACCAAAGUGAAGAUAUUUCUGUCCUACUUAGAUGGAAAAAAAAUAAUUACCGGAGGUAGUGUUGGAGGGACUGGUGAGGAAGAGAGGACAGGGAGGGGAAAAGGAGAAGGAGUACCAGGUAGAGGACAUGUACAGAAGGUCAGUAAAUUGAACAGAGGCAUGUAGCAAAGGGUGAUUGGGACCUGGGAGAAGCUAACAGAAAGUCACAGAUGCCAGGAAUGCACGAGGCUCCCAGGACCCAUUACCUGAAAUACCCAAUAAAGGGGAGAGAGAACCUCUAGAACCCAUAUCCAGAGGGUAGGCACAGUCUCCAGUUAAGGGAUGAGAUUCUCUGCUAGAGACUGAACAAUACAGAUGCUGAUACUCACAGACAACCAUAGGGCUGAGCAUGGGGACCCCAAUGGAGGAGUUAGGGGAAGGAGUGAAGGGCUAAAGAGCUUUGCAACCAAGUAGGAAGAACAACAAUAUCAACCAACCAGACCUCCCAGAGCUCCCAGGGACUAAAUCAUUAACCAAAGAGUACACAUGGAGGGACCCAUGCUUUCAGUGACAUAUGUAUCAGAGCAUGACCUUAUCUGGCAUCAAUAGGAAGGGAGGCCCUUUGUCAUGUGAAGGCUAGAUGCCCCAGUGUUGGGGAAUGAUAGGGCAGUGAGGCAAGAAUGGGUGGAUAUGUGGAGGAGCAUACUCAAGAAGCAGAAGUAUGGGAUGGGGGUAAGCCAAGAGGAAACUGGAAAAGGGAAUAACGUUUGAAAUAUAAAUAAAUAAAAUAGCCAAUAAAAAUUUUGAAGUAAAUUAAAAAAAA